AUGCGGUUCAGCAAGAAGGGGAAGUUAAGCCCAAGAUAUAUUGGACCCUAUGAGAUUCUUGUGAAGAUUGGGCAGGUGGCUUAUCAGUUGGCGCUUCCACCAUCCUUGGACGACGUGCAUGAUGUCUUCCACUUGUCUAUGUUGUGGAAGUAUGUGCAUGACCCCAGUCAUGUUCUAUCUCAGGAACCACCAGAGUUGGCAGCAGAUAUGUAUUAUAAAGAACAACCUAAAAGAAUCUACGACAGCAAGGUGGUAAAUCUCCGCAACAGACCUAUUCAUUAUAUGAAGGUGAGGUGGUGCAACCACACAGAAGAAGAAGCUUCCUGGGAAGCCGAGGUGGAAAUGUGA